GUGCGCAAAUUCAGCUACAGAUACGUUUUACUACGAGGUUAUUGUCUACAUCUGGAAUAUUUACCGACAGGCAGUAUAAGGGACGUGUUUCGGUCAUCUUAUCCUUCGAGACAUGGUGCCACUGUCAGUAAAGUUUGGCUCUUUCUGUAAAAUCAUGACACAUCCUCUUCGCAACUUAGCCUCUUUGUGUUACACCGCGACAAAAAUCAAACCAUCAGUAAAAUCAACCAACAAGUCAAAUAUCAAUAACAACCCGCUUGAUAUCAUUCUCAACGAGCAUGCAAACAGUCUCCAAGCACACAUCUUCUCUAACUCAAAGUAUGGAUUUUCCCGAUCAAUCUCAACCUUCUCCACCUUACACAGCCGGAAAAUGGUGCGGGAUAAAAAUAGAAGCUUGAAUUCCCCGAAAACUGGGCGCUUGUCAGCUCGUCCUGCUCACGAUAAAAUCGCUACGGGGACUUCAAAACGGCAUAGAGCUGUACAGAACCCAGAACCUUCCAGGCACUUACUUCGUAGGAGGAUAAUUGAACCACGUAAAGGACCUAGCACUUUGGAUUGCUAUUCUAUCCUCAAUAGCCCGAACCUCAAACCUACCAACGCCACUAGCUGCUUGACAUCUAGUUUUGUUCAUUUCAUCAAGAAAGUUUCUUUCCAACCCAACUACAUGAAGAAAGAACACUUAGUCAAGCCGUCGGAUUACAGCGCAUGCGUGACAAAUCUCAUUUCUGGGGGCACGUCCAGCGGACAAGGGGAAUGGCGGAUCAACUUGGCAGCCAUCAAACAGAGGCUACAAGAGAAGUUGAUGAUCAGCCAGCCAUAUCGUGGUCCGGUCAGCGAACUGUAUCUGUUCCAUCACCUGGCUAGUUUCAAACCUUGACCAUCUGGACAGAUCGCAAACCGCAGCGCACAUUCGAACGUUUCUUUGUAUCGUACACUUUUUUUGCUAUUCUUUACACGAACUACAAUUACAACAUUUUUAAAAAUAGAAUAUUCAUCUAGAUCAUGAAUGUGUUGCAACAUUUUUAUACACUUCUUUAUGUCUUCCAGAAAACAACAACAACAACAACAAAACAAAAUGGCAAUUACAUUAGGAUAAUCAAGGAGAGAUCUUCUUCGUUGAGGUACAACAUUUCAUAUGAGGAUUGACGUCACAUUUUUAGAGGAUUCAGGACUCGUCAGUUGAAAAACAAAUCAUCAUAAAUUAACAUUUUGAAAAAUAUCUCAAAUCAAGUGUCAGAAAACUGAACAAUUAUUUUAAAAAUUAAUUACCAAAUCUUAACAAACUAAAACGUGAAAUUUUGAAUUAUAGAAAAACCAUCGGCGGCUAUAAAAAGAAACAAGGGGAAUAAACUUAAAUAAAGUGAUAUUGUGAUACCGAAGGACGAGAUUCAAACUUAUUAGAUUCAGGCAGCACCACCAUAAAACAAGUUUAACCACUGAACUUGCUAGUAAAAGGCUCCACCACCACCAUCAUAAAAUAAGGUUAACCACUGAACUUGGAAGCAGAAGGCACCACCAUGACCACCAUCGGAGUGAUCCAGGACCAAUACCACAGGGUCGACGCCCUCAGAUUCCCCAGCUACAACUACCACUACCCAGCAUUCAGGAAAUCACAGAUCUCCGUCUGUAUCCCACCAUCCCCCAUUUUCAGAGGCGUUGACGCGGACAGAAAAAGAAGGCUGUGUGAGUGUAAAAAACGACAGGGUGGUCCCAAUAGAGCUGAGUUAGAAGCACUGAAAAUGGCGGCAGAGAUGAAAGAGUCGAAGAAGCCUAUAUCAGUCUCACUACGUGAGGUGCCGAUGCCAAUUCCAGCAGAGCCAAAACCCGAUCUUUUAGCCAGGCCACGACUGAACGCGAAGGAAUACGCAAGAUGGCGGUUUGAGACGACGCCCGUCGUAACAACACAGGCCCGGGCUGAAUGGAACUGUUUCCUCAACAGAUGCCCCGAGAGGUUCAACAUUGAGUUACCGGAGGAAAUUUCAGGGGACGGAACUCAGCGAAAGCAUUACUAUGAUCGAGGCUACAGCCUGCCCUACCUGCGUCCCCACCUGACCCGGGGGUGGGGUCUGGAACCCUACAAUAACCAGCCUCUUGGUGUCUUCUACGGUCCUGCUGAUAUCAGUCCUUACAGAAGUAUCCGUGUAACAAACAAUUUGAUUGGGCAGUAGUUUAGAUAUCCGUUUUACCUGUACUUGGAUUGGUUAAAUAGUUUCAACAUCCAUGUUAUCUUCAGUCUGAUUGGUCGGUAAUUUCAUCAUACAUUUGCAAACAAAUCAAAACAACAAAUUCAAUACUUAAAUAAAGUUGAAGAGCAAU